UGCUACAACUGGACUUAAUGGGUUGGGGCUAAGGUAGUGCCUGCAUAUUCUCCUAGAGAAGAGUUUGAGUUUCUCUCUGUGCUGCUCUCAGACAGACUGGCUCACAGUGUUGGACUGAAAACCCACUCAGCUCUCCGGCUCCGGCCACCAGAGAAGAUGCUUCACCGUUCCUCUUUAUGAGAUUACUGCAAGACUGAGCAGAGAGGCAGAGAGGCAGAGAGGCAUCUGAUGGGCUGCUGCUGCUGCUCUUUCCAUCUUUAUCAUUCUUUUAAUUGGGACGCCAGGGAGGAAUAAAUAGCUCAACACUCACUGUUGGGAGGCAAAUGAAUGGAGCAGACUGAUAGGGGAUUUCCCCAGGCUGCCUCCACUGCAAUGGAUUUGGACACAAAGUUUUGAACUGGCCAUAAUGUAGAAGCCACAAUCAUUUUCUUUUACAUUUUUGUCAUUGAUUUUUGCAACAAGAACAUCUCUUUCAAAUCAUAGUCUCAAGGAUGUGCUCAAUAGUCCUGAUUCAUCAGUGGAGUCUGGCUGUGUUCUUGCUGUGCUCCCCAGUGACUCUUGAUGGAAGACCAGUUGAUGCACUUAAUAGCAGAACGAGGAGGUCAGUGAGCCACGCCCAGCUGAUGCACGACAAGGGCCGCUCCAUGCAGGAGUUCAAGCGUCGCAUGUGGCUGCACGAGCUGCUGGAGGAGGUGCACACAGCUGAUGACCGAGCACCACCUGUGCAGAGCAGAACCCAGAGCCAAACCUUCAGUGGAAAUGCCCUGCCUGACAAGCCCCCAGGAGCCUCUAAGAACCUCCCUGACAGGUUCCGACCGGACAGAGAUGGCUCUAACCUGCCCCAGGAGACCAACAAGGCUCUGGCUUAUAAGGACCAGCCGCUCAAAGUGGCCACUAAGAGGAAAAAGAAGGCAAGGUUAGGUCGACGCAGAGAGAGUGAGAACAAGAAGCGGAGACGAGCACGCUCGGUUAAAAAUACGAAGCCGUGGAGGAUGCAGUGUCCUGACUAAGAGACUUCAAUUAGUGUUUGUAUGGUACUGCACUAAGACACUGACAUAGCUUCAACUAGACUGGGAUCUGAGAGACUCAACACAUGACUGACUCAGUCACUUUAUAUUACGACCCUGGGACUGUGCUUUUAAUAGUGUGCUUUGUUUUCCCUGAUUUUUUUUUUGUCAAAAUAUCAUAUUUGAUCCAUAUUUAUCUGAAAAUCUUUAGGCCUCAGUGUCCCAGAUUUACUCAAAAACAAUGCUGUGUGAACAGGUAGAUGAGAGGAGGAAAUUAUUUAUUGCCUGAAUAUAAUGUUUCUUCACAAAGCUUAAAAGCAGAAGGGGUCGCCUUUUGUUUGACUCGAUAUGUGUCAGCUAUCUUGGACUGAGUUACAUGCAAACCGCUCACUGGGUACAUCUGUCGGAACUGUUCUGCCAUAAUUUAUUUCACUUUGUAAGUGUGUAUUUAUUUUGUGAAUGUAUUGCAGUGCUGCUGACUAAAUUCCAUAAUGCACUUUAAUUAUAUCCUGUACAUGUUCUUGUGUGGUUGAGUUCCAAUUCGAUGUUUCUUUUUGAUGGUCCCGCUUUCUUUCCGCUCUGGUAACUUAUCGGAUUACUUCUUCAAAUACAACCCAACCAUUCUACAUACUGUAUAUAACUUUGAUAGACCGCGCCUGAGUCAGGGGCCAGCAGACUCAUUUAAUGAUCUAACUUUGCACUGAGGGCAUAUUGUAUAUAUUUCCAGUUAUAAAACAUUAAAAGAGUAGCCAUUAGAAAUA